UAUCGCAUUAGACGUAAGGAGUAUUGAAUAAUAUAUAGGAUGGAACAUUUGAAAAUGAAACCCAGUGCAAAGAAUAUUUUGAUCGCUGUUUUCUUCUUAUCAAGUCUGAUGCUGUUAGUUAUCUACCAGGAUAAAGUAAACAUGCGAUGGAACGAACGAAAUCAGAAUAUUUCCGUCAUUCGUAAUAUUCAAAGCUCUACGGUCGUAAAAACGAGGGCUCCCGUUCCAAAGCAAAAUGUGAUGUUUUUGAAGACGCACAAGACUGGAAGUUCGACACUACAAAAUAUACUCGUGAGAUACGCUGAAGAAAAUAACUGUUUUGUUGGAUUGCCGCAAGGAGAUAUUUUAUUUGGUUACAUGACUGGAACUUCGUUUCAAAAAUCCAUGAUGAUGCCGGUGCCUAUUUCAAAAAAUGUGAGCAUGUUGUUGCAUCACAUGGUGUUCAAUUAUACAGAAGUAAGUUACUUUUAUGACCCUUUCUCACGCCCUUCGCUCUAA